UUUUUCAGCUGUACAAAUACAUAAAAGGCAUGUUUCUAAGAAGACAUCCUUCACGUGGAUCCUUGCAGUGAGGUGUUAUCAUGAUGACGGUGAAACUUCUGGCCCUUCUGCUUUGCCUCUUUACAUUUCUGACAGGUGUGUGUUCCUGGAGACCUCGAGAGAUACAUGUCAAGGCAGGUGAGCUGGUGGCGCUGCACUGUCCUCGUUACAGAGGGCAUAAGCAGGGUGAAACCAAACUAUUCUGGACGAGUCACACAAGCCAGAAGACGUAUGUGACCAACAACAUGUCAUCGGCUGAGCUGAUGAAGAUGGGUGUGCUGAUUUAUAGAAGGAACCUUGUGAUUCUCAGUGCAUCUGUCAACCAUCAAGGGAAUUACUCAUGCUCUGUGGGGAAGGCCAGCAGCCAGAUCUGUUUCACACUGACAGUAAGCGCAGCACAGUCCAAAGAGUAUGAGGAGGAGACCCAGUACCCUAAGACAUGCUACACACAAGAGUCCUGCAAAUUGAAUUGCCCUGAUGUAAAUAUCCCUGCUCUAAACACCCCAAAUUUGACCAGCAACGGCAUCACAUGGCGCAAGGAGGGUGAGUCGCUGCCAACCAGGGGUUACUUCAGAAGUGUGGAGGAGAAAGACCGUGGUGUUUACACCUGUACCAGAUCUUACCUGUAUCACGGUCAAAUAUAUAGCAGGACCUUUACUGUGGCACUUGAUGUCCAACCGAAGCAAAUUAUGCAAACUGCAGUGAUCAUGUCACCACACAAUAAGGAGGUAUUUCAUGUAGAUUUGGGGUCAAGAGUGGUGAUUGACUGUAAAGCUGUUAUGUAUUCAGACUUUGAUGAGGUGUUCUGGUUGAGUGGGGAAUCAUUUGUGGACAAAAAUCACACCUUACCAGUUUUCUACAAGUGCACACGUGAAAGUAACCUUGAAGAAAUAAAGAUGACAGCUUCUCUGAUCUUCAAAAAAGUAUCAGAAGAGGAUCUGUCAAAAAAUUAUACCUGUAAACUGGAAUCUGUCUACCAAAAGUCAAGCUUUGUCACCAUUACUCUGGCCCAAAGAAGUCUCAUUCUUUAUAAGGGUCCCUGUUUUUUGGGCUCACCUGCAGCCAGUGGCCCCUGCUUUAAAUCCAGAGGUGGGUCAUUGGAUUAUUGUCUUGUUCUACACUUAGGAGAUUCAGAGGGUGUUUACACUGCAGCAACAAUGUCACGCUAUUCCUCAAGUUUCACUUUCAUCACGUCACAUCACUGCAGAGAAAUGCACUACUGCAAUUCAGCAAAGCUAUGUGGGGGGCUGUUCCGCCAGAUCACACUUUUGACAAUUUUGCUGAUCGUUUGGUGUGCAGUGCUGCAGGCUGUCAUGAUUGUUAAAGUACUUCUAGUCACUGUGUUUUUGCUCCUUACAUCAAAAUCAGAUGUGUGCCAUCUGAGACCAAAGGAGAGCUGUGUGAAGGCAGGUGAGAUGGUGGUGGUGCAAUGCACCACCACCAGUCGUAAUGGUAAUGAUAAACCUAUCUGGACCAGCGAUACCACUCAGAAGAUGGAUCUGACCAACAUGUCAUCAGCCGAGCAGAGGCAGAUGGGUGUGCUGGUUCAUGGGAUGAGCCUUGUUAUUCUCAGUGCAUCUGUAGAUCAUCAGGGGAAUUACUCAUGCUUCCUAGGGAAUGCCAGCAGCCAGGUCUGUUUCACACUGACAGUAAGCGCCGCAGAGUCCAAAAAGUGUGAGGAGGAGACCCAGUACCCUAAGACAUGCUACACACAAGAGUCCUGCAAAUUGAAUUGCCCUGAUGUAAAUAUCCCUGCUGUAAACACCCUGAAUUUGACCGACAACGGCAUCACAUGGCUCAAGGAGGGUGAGUCGCUGCCAACCAGGGGUUACUUCAGAAGUGUGGAGGAGAAAGACCGUGGUGUUUACACCUGUACCAGAUCUUACCUGUAUCACGGUCAAAUAUAUAACAGGACCUUUACAGUGGCACUUCGUGUCCAACCAAAGCAAAUAAUGCAAACUGCAGUAAUCAUGUCACCACACAAUAAGGAGGUAUUUCAUGUAGAUUUGGGGUCAAGAGUGGUGAUUGACUGUAAAGCUGUUAUGUAUUCAGACUUUGAUGAGGUGUUCUGGUUGAGUGGGGAAUCAUUUGUGGACAAAAAUCACACCUUACCAGUUUUCUACAAGUGCACACGUGAAAGUAACCUUGAAGAAAUAAAGAUGACAGCAUCUCUGGUCUUCAAAAAAGUGUCAGAAGAGGAUCUGUCAAAAAAUUAUACCUGUAAACUGGAAUCUGUCUACCAAAAGUCAAGCUUUGUCACCAUUACCCUGGCCCAACACCAAAAAGCCCACCCUUCGUACAUUUCCCUGGCUCUCAGCAUUGUGGGCAUUGUGCUGGUGAUGCUUGUGACAGUAAUUAUAUAUGUGAAGUUAAAAAUUGACAUCACUCUUUUCAUAAGGGACACUCUUGGCUUCCAUAGCAGCAGCUCAGAUGGAAAAAACUAUGAUGCCUUUUUGAUGUCUUAUGAGAGCCACACAGAUGCAGGACUAAAUGCUCAUGACAGAAAAUGUCUGGAGAGUGUUUUGGAAGACAGGUUUGGUUACAAUCUCUGUCUUUAUGAUCGUGACAUCUUACCAGGGGAAGCUGUGGCGAAGGCAGUGCUUGACUGUAUAGAGCAGAGCAGGGCGGUGGUUUUGGUUCCCACCUCGGCAGAUCCUGGACUAGGGUCUGGCCUACUGAGUGCCAUCCAUGAAGCCCUUGUGGAGCGGCAGACUCGCUUGAUUUUCAUCAAAACUGAGACAACAGAAGUGUCAACUUCAGGUUCCUUAUCUGAAGCCUUACAGCUUCUUAGUGAAGCUGGAGACUGCGUCACCUGGAAGGGUAAAAGCUCCCUGCCGCCCUCCUCCUCUUUCUGGAAAAGGCUUCGCUAUUACCUACCUGCCUCGCAGCAUGCACCAAAAAUAAGGAUUUUAUCACAGACAAGCCAGGAUGUUAUCUCAUUGUAAAAUGUUUAGCCAAGUUGAAAUUAAUAUCCUGUAUCAUAGCUGAGUGUCUUAAUUUCUCUAUGUAACAUCUUGUAGUCUUGAAAACCUUCCUUUUUUUAGGAAUAAAACUUCUUCAGUAAGACAGAACACUGACACAAGCAACUUUUCCUGUCAGUUUCAAAGACCUGUAUAGUAUGUAUGAAAGUAAUGUGAAAUGUAAAAUUACUUUGUGCUAUUACAUGAGCCUAUACAUCAUCACAUCAUCCUAUAUAUUGUAAAUACUGACAUAUCCAUAAUUGUCCAUCUUGUGUGUACUCAUUACAGUUGAAAUGUUGCUUUAUAUUUUAUAUGCUAGUUUCAUAUUUCAGUGGUUUAACUGGAUUUUCCUAAUUUAUCAUAGUACGAUUUUUAACUUUGUCCUCUUUACCCGGAUUAAUAGCUUUGCUGUCACUGUCAUACUACUCUUCAUCCUCAGUACUCAUUUCCUCUUUCAUUGCAUUUACUGCAGAUGUGCUACUGUGAUGCCCUGGGGCAAAAUAUGUUUCAACUAUUCUUAAUAAUUAAUGAUGUUUAAUACCUGCCUUAAUUUUUUUCCCAUUAAAAACAGUAGCAAUUGUGACCAGAAUACAGCUCUACAAA